AUGGCGACCUUCUUCCAGAGCGUUUUGCUGUCAAGUCGCCAGGGGUUUGGCCGUGGUGGUAACAACAAGAACAACAAUAACAAUAACAACAAUAAUAACAAUAAUAACUCCUCACCCAAGAUGAACAACGGCAACCAGAAUCAGCAGUCUAGCGCUGUGGCAUAUCCCCAACAGGCAUCUGGGGCCCCUGGCACACCUGGCAUCCCUCCUUCUCCAUCAGUCACAUCUAAUAUGUCCAAUCUGUCUAUCGAUGGUCCAUCCAAUAAUGAAGAUACUCCCAAGUACUUCUUCCAGGAGAGAUACGCGCCGUUGAAUGUUAAGGGAAACUUCUUGACCCUCUGUGCUUGCCCCAAGAAUGUUGAGCUAGGAGAAUGGCUGGCCCACCAAAUUGUUGAGCAGUAUCGCCUACUUCACGGUAUGCUGCAGGUUAUACAGGAGGUGAACACUGUCACUGGGUUACCUAUUUGCAAUGAGAAUACCUGUCCUACCAUGUCUGCUGGCCGUCUUACAUACACCUGGCUUGUGGAUGGACGUGCGGCCAAGAUCUCAGCACCCAAAUUCAUCAAUCGCGUGGAGAAGUGGAUUGUCAGCAAGAUUCAUGACCCUGUCAUGUUUCCUACAGACCCUCCCCAGACGGCACCGCAGACCUUUACGUUGCAGUCCCUCCCAUCUGAGGAUGGCUCCACACCCCCUGAUACGAACAAGAAUAACGCGGAAUCAAAUGCAGUUACCCAGGACUGGAUUGGCAAGUCGAGCGGUUUCCCCCCGACCUUCUACAAAGACUGCCAGGGGAUCAUGAAGCAGAUGUUCCGCUGCUAUGCCCACCUCUACCACGGGCAUUGGCUCGACCCGUUCUGGAACAUCAACCGUCAUGAGAUGCUCAACAUGUGCUUUGUUCACUUCGUUACUGUCGCCAAGUACUAUCGGCUCGUCGCCGACAAGGAGAUGGAGCCGAUGCAGCCUCUCAUCGACCUGUUUGUGAAGCAGGAGAAGAUUCCUCCCGAGGCUCUCGCUGGCCACUGGGCGUCUCAAGAGGCUUCUGCUCCGGCUCCUGCUCCGGCUUCCGCUCCCGCUACCACUUCUGCAUGA